UUAUUAUAGGUAAGUUGAUACAGAAUAAGCUUCUCUAUGCAAGUUAAGUUUAUAAAGUUAAUUAUUAUUAUCAUUAUACAAAUGAAUACUAAACUAUUAAUCCAUACAAAGUCGGAUCUUCAUUAGUAUAAUCUCCUUUCAAUAAUCACAGUUUUUUUUAACCACUUUUGUAUUAAAAAACCAACCAGUUGAAUAAUACAUCAAGAAUCUUUGAUAUAACAAAGUAAACUAACAAGCCUAGUUAUAAGCGCAUGAUCAUAUAUAUUAUUAAAGUAAGACAGCUAACAAUUUAUACAACUUGAUGAGAAAAUUGAUUACAUGACCUAAAUAAUUCAACCUCAAAUCCUGCAAAAUCUGUUUGAAGUCAAACUUGCUCUCCUAUAACUUGGGCUAAGUCAACUAUAAGGUCUCAAUCUAGAAAAAUAUCCCAAUAAUAAACAUUUUACAUAGAGAAAAUUUGACCAUUCACACUUUAAAACAACGUUCCUAUAUAUGGUCAUAAUCUUAUCUACUUGCACAUUAAUUGAUGAUACUAUACUACUAUAUGUGUAAUAUUAUUUCUACAUACAUUUUCACUCUUACACUAUAGUAAGCUCAACUUCCCUGUCAAAAAAAAAAAAAAAGCUCAACUUCAACUCUCCCUCCCUAAAAAAACUAAAUAGUUAUUAGCGGCGAUGGUGGUUGAUGGUGGCGGAGGUGGUGGUGGUGGACUUAGUUUCGUAGUACGGGUCAUAAUGGGACGGUGGUUCAUGGUGUUCUCCACCAUCCUAGUGAUGUCUGCGGCAGGAGCCACCUACAUGUUUGGGUUGUACUCUAAGGACAUAAAAUCGUCCCUAGGGUAUGAUCAAACUACCCUUAACCUCCUUAGCUUUUUUAAGGAUUUAGGGUCUACGGUAGGGAUACCUGCGGGUCUACUAAUGGAGAUUGCGCCGCCUUGGGUGGUCUUAGCCGUGGGUUCUGUCCUUAACUUCUUUGGCUACUUCAUGAUUUGGCUCGCGGUUUCUGGUCGUAUAGCCAAGCCUUCUGUUUGGCAAAUGUGCUUGUAUAUUUGCAUAGGUGGAAACUCUCAAUCAUUUGCAAACACCGGUGCACUUGUUACUUGCGUAAAGAACUUCCCAGAAAGCCGAGGAGUGGUCUUAGGCUUGCUAAAGGGUUUUGUUGGUCUAAGUGGUGCCAUCAUAACGCAACUCUACAAUGCAUUGUACGGUGGUCGAAACUCCAGAGCCCUAAUUCUCCUCAUCGGUUGGCUACCAGCCGCGAUUUCACUAGUAUUCCUACGCACCAUCCGGUUUAUGAAAGUUGUUAGACAAAAAAAUGAGGUGAAAUUGUUCUAUGAGAUUCUCUACAUCUCCCUUGGGCUGGCCGGUUUUCUCAUGAUCAUGAUCAUACUUCAAAAGCAGUUAAACUUCAAAAGAAGCGAGUUUGCAGCAAGUGGUGUGGCGGUUGUCAUAUUGCUCCUUUUACCUAUUUACACUGUGGUCAAAGAGGAGUUUAGGCAAUGGAAGAAGAAGCAAGAAUUGUUACAAAAUGCUCCCAAGGUAGAUGUUGUCGUAAACAGUGGUGAGGAUAAGGAAGACAAGGUUAAAGAAGUUCCUAAUAGGUCCGAUGAGGCAGUUGCAACAUCAAGAGAGGCGGAUUCCUGUUUUCAGAAUGUGUUCCGUCCUCCAGACCGUGGAGAAGAUUACACUAUACUACAAGCGCUCUUUAGUAUAGACAUGCUCAUUCUAUUUCUUGCUACCAUAUGUGGAGUUGGUGGUACAUUGACCGCGAUUGACAAUUUAGGUCAAAUCGGGACAUCUCUUGGUUAUCCUGCUAAAAGCAUUAGCACCUUUGUGUCCCUGGUGAGCAUAUGGAACUAUUUGGGUCGUGUCGUGUCAGGCUUCUAUUCAGAGCACUUGUUAAAGAAGUACAAGAUUCCGAGGCCACUUUUUCUCACUUGCAUGCUCCUACUCUCUUGUGUUGGCCACCUUCUAAUUGCAUUCAACGUCCGUAAUGGGCUUUACGUUGCGUCUGUGAUUAUUGGGUUUACCUUUGGGGCCCAAUGGCCUUUACUCUUCGGUAUAAUAUCGGAGUUAUUUGGGCUCAAAUAUUAUUCAACUUUGUACAACUUUGGGUCAGUUGCAAGCCCAAUAGGAGGCUACAUUCUCAAUGUGAGGAUAACGGGCCAUUUAUAUGAUAAGGAAGCCAGAAAGCAAAUGAAUUCUUUGGGCCGCCCCAGGUUAAAAGGGGAAGAGCUAAAUUGUGUUGGGCAAGAAUGUUUCCGUUUAGCAUUUCUUAUAAUCACCGCAGCAACUGUUUUUGGUAUGUUUGUUUCAUUGAUUUUGGUGGUUAGAACAAGAAAGUUUUAUAGGAGUGAUAUUUAUAAAAAGUUUAGGGAGGCGGCCGUAGUAGAGGAGGAUGAGUUGGUAAAUGGCGGUGUUGUGGUGGCAACAAACGGAGCGAAAAAGGUGGAGACGGCGAAGGUAGGAAGUUAAAUGUGUUUAGGUUGGGGGAUUAUAAGAAAUGAUAUGGAUAAUGUAGUGUAAUGGUCAUAUAUUAAGUACAUUUUUAAUGCAGGAAAUGCAUGGUAGACUGGUCUGACCAAGAAGAAGAAUGAAAGAAAUGUGUUGAAUUACAUACACAUAUAGUGAGUUUUUAAGAAAUGACUAUUGUAACGACAGUGAGUGAAAAUAUAGAUGAAAUUAAUACACGAUUUGUUACUAUGUAAAGAAAAAAAUGAUGUAUUAAGGUAACACUGUGUGACACGUUAAUCUUCAUUUUGAAGCGAUUGUGUGCUCUAUUUUUGCUUCUUCUCUUUUACAAUCUAAUGUUGGGUACAAUGCUAAUUGGUUUGUGAUAGCGCCUAUGAAUAUAUAUUACGGAAUAUCAAGGAUUAGUAGUAGUACGUGUUGCAUAAGAGACAUGUUCCACCGAAUUGGCAAAUUUGGAUCUAUGGUGUUUGUAAUCCAUGAUAUGAGCAUAGCAUUAAUAGCCGUCCAAUCUGACUUGGUACAGGGUGGAGACGGUGAGAUGAUUGUACCGUCAAGAAACUCGAAUUUUCUUCGGGCCUCUAGAGCAGUUUGAAUAUCAGCAGACCAAGAAUCAUAAUUGUCUGUUGUAAGGCGAGUCGGAGUGAUAAAAUCCCCGGGUCGAUCCUGUGAACCGAGAUAAUAUGGUGAGUUUGGUUCAAUUUUUGAAGGAGGUGGAGGCGGUGGUUGUUCGUCUCCUGCCAUGAGGUUUGAAUAUGACGAUUGUCAAUGUUCUGUUUUCUGUGAUUUUUGUGUAUUGAUUUUGUUUUUUUUUUUUUUUUUUUUUGGUUAAAGAAAAAACUGGCUCGAUACCAUGUUAAACUGGAGUUUUGGGAGAAUAUUGAGUUGCCUUUCAUUGAUUA